AUGGCGUCUGCGGCAUUAGGGCGCACAGAGACCCCUCCCGAGGCGGCUGCUGAUUCGGUUGCUUCCGGAGAUUCAGCUGCAGCGGCAGAGGGCAGACGGAAAAAAUUCCCGACAGGAUCUGAACCCACUGAUGUGCCCCCUGUGCCCGUUGCUGCUCCUCCAGCAAUGGGCCCCCCCGAGAAAUCCAGCGGGGGGAGCAGCCGAACCUCGGGCGAUGACGACCCUCGUGGAGAUGGACUAGACAUACCACAAGAUGAAGGUACUGCGCAGCUUCAAGCGCUUCCCCAUGCAGACAACGCGGUCGACAGCUCGAUGCGCAGCAGCCACGCUGCUGCAGCGAGUAGCUCCUCUCAGCGACAGGGUCCCCCCCCCCUGGGCUGCACGGCGGAAGAAGCGCCGCAAGACGAUCGAACCAGGAGGUCUCCCGAUUUUCUGGCGAAUCAGGAUUUCGCAUCUGUGGCGGGAGGCUCCAGCACUGCUCCUGCGGCGUGUGUUCCUUGCGGGAGCGCCGAGGGAAGCGAGGCUGCGCAACAAGGAGAGCCGCUCGAUGUGGCGUCUCUCUUUCUCCUUCCCUCCGAAGAUUUGGAUCCGUGGGCUUCGGGCGGCUGCGAUUUGCUGCUUCCCGCAUCGUCCUUCGUCAGCGCGGAUGCGAUCAGUCAACACAGGGGCCCCAUGACACUGGGCCGUGUGGCACUUUUCAUCUUUGGGUUGUUUCAAGGCGACGUUCGCAUGGGCCUGCUUUCCGCGCAGGGGCGGCUGCUCGCGUGGCGCUGCCUGCUGUACUUGGCAGAGCAGCACGAUCGGCAAGUCAGCGGGGGGCAGCAGCACGCCUCCCCGCAGCAGGGGGGGAGCAACAACGCACAGGCUCCCGGUGUCUCUGCUGCAGGGGAUGCAGGGAUGCGCAGACGGCGUCUGCAGCGAGAAAGCGUAGCCACUUCCAAGGGUCGCCGCUCAGUGCGGCAUGCCUUCCUGUUAGACCGCAGCGGAGCAGCGCGCGCCGCCGGGGCGGGGGCCCCUGCGGGGCCCCCCCCCCUCGGCGGCUACAGCCCAGGGGCGAAUGACGAGUGGGCGGAGGCUGAGGAAGAGGCCCCUUCGUCCAUGAACGUCAGAGAAGAAGCUCCUGGAGAAACUGCAGGCGAGCAAGCGCUUGUUGUGCCCGGACUGAGCGCGGCUAUGACUCUGCAGAGGCAGCUGCAAAAGGGGCAACAAACGAUCGGCUUCGAGCGCCAUUUCACCCGCUUCGUUGGGGGCACGAUCGAUCGGCGGUGGGCUUUGCAACAGCGGCAUCUGCGCAUUCCUUCGGAGGCUUCGAGGGGAGAGGGAGCAGCCAGCAAGGAAGAGCUUCUCGAGUUGAAGCUCGAGGAAUAUGGGGUUGCAGCCGCGCCAAAAAUGUGGCCAAAAAUUGCGGCUCUCCCUGAGAGAAUUUUUGUCGGUCUCCCCGUGCAAGUGGCAACGUGGGUGGGGUGGGGGCGCAGCGACAGGGGGGAUACUGGCCGCAUGCUGUGGAGAGACUGUGAAGUCUCGCAGCUGCUGCCAGGCGGUGCCUUUAGAGCCACUUGCUUCUUCCCUGGGGAUCCCAAGGAGUUCACUUGUCAAAUACGCGACUUUGUGGCGCCGCGAGUGCCGAGUCCGUCUCCGAACGAGUGCGCGUGGCGUCUCGUGCCAGUGGAGGCGGAUCCUCUGCGCGACAUAUAUCCUGGCGCAUGUCUCUCGGUUGGUCUUGCCGUGGCGAGCUCCCCGCAGCAGGAGCAGCAGCCUCACGGCGAGAAUGCGGCACGCGCCUAUUUUGUUGACGUGGUCGUCCAGGACGUCUACUUCUCGUUGGAGCAGGCUUCGCGGGCGAAGCAGGCGGUUGCAGAGGCGCGAGAGCACGAAGACACCCCCCCUCUUGCACUCAAGCAGGCUUUGACGGCAAUCGGGAGGAAAAGCCUAGGAGGCGCAGACAGUGGGGGAGAAAGCGGCCCCCCGGAGGGGCUUCGACCGAACUGCGCAGUGCGCGCCAUGCGGGUGAUGGUACUGCGAACGGGGGGGGCAGCCAACGAGUUCGCUCUGGUAUCCGGCCGUGUCGUGUACAAGUUGCCGUACGACCUUUACAACGGCGGCAGUGGAGUUCUCAAGGAGUCUCCUUGGAAGCAGCGUCAGCAGGGAGGGCCCCGCCUUGUGUGGGCGAUCCCCAGAGCCCUUACUCCGGCGACUCCUGAACAGAUCAGGGGGAGGGGGGCGAGUGGCGGGAGUGCCAGCGCGAGCCUCGGUGGCGAGGACGUGGACGCCGUUGCGAAGCGCUGGAAAUACAAGACGCAGGCCGAUAGCAGGGACUGGAUUGCGUUCCCUCCGUUCGUUGUGGUGUAUUUGGAGUUUGACGGCUCGGCGCAGUACACAGAGACGCACCCUCUCCUGCAGCGCUAUCUGCAGCCGGAGCUUGACUUGGCUGCUUUGUCUCACGGCUCUUGGCGGCUUUGUCUUCCACAGUACGAGCACCCGAAGGAGUUGCCCGUGCUUUUGCCUCAUCCUAGCGACUUGCCGCCAGCAGAGAAGGCGGGAGCACUCAGGCCCGAGGCUGGCGAUGCAGCCGCUGAGAACGCCAUUGUUCUGGAAAGCCCGUAUGCGCGGAGCAGCGGCGUGGGCGCUUUCUUGGCGGGAGUCGAGGGCCGCACUGCUUUGAGCAGCGACGAGCUGGCAGACUCCCUCCUCGUCACGCAUGCUUGCGAGCCGCCUCAGCCUGUUGGCGGCGCUCAGAGCGGCAGCGGAGACUCUGCGGGCAGGGGCACUGUCUUGAGCAUCAACCAUCUUGCCAGUCUUCUCUGCAGUGGAGGAGGGGACUCUGCACCCUCCAAGGAGCUGCUGGCGCGAGCCAUUCCCUUCUUUAGAGGCGUCCUCCCCCAUCUGGGGGCUCAUUCCUCCAAUUGGCAGCUGGACGUUGCGCGCUCGGCUCUGAGGGCGGCUGAACAGGCAAAGGAACUGUAUGUUGAAGAGCAAGAAACGGAGGCCGAGAAGCUGAGGCUCCAGGGAAUAGCCUUUACAGGAUCUCUGGUUGGCAGUGGUGGUGGAACCGAGGGGAUGCGGAGCCACAGAGGGACAGAGGCGGUUGGUACCGCGGCAGAGGCAGACAGCGGCGACUCCUGGGAGUGGGCGGGUAGUUCGGGGAGUCGCUACCCCACGAGCAGCGACAUUUCGCGCUUCCUUCUUCGCACGUCUGGCCAUGCCAUGGGCUCGACGGCUGGCAGAAGCCUUGGCGGCGAGCCGGUGUUUGCUUCGGGAGAAGCAGCAGGGGGACCCCUGGGGGGUGCUGGCAGGCGAAGGCCGCUGGGAGCCGUCGCGAGUCUCCUGUCUCAGGACUCCCGCAGGGGAUCGACUUCCGAAUUGAACCCCUCCGAAGCGCGCUGUCGCGGAGAGGACAGCCCCUAUCUCGCGAGAGGUGCUCUGGGGGCAGAGGGAGAACACCACACUACCCGCCGCACGACUGGAUCUGGCGUCCUUAGGUCUCAACCGGAGGAGGCAGCGGCGGCUGGUCUGGGGGGGGGCAGUGCGAGGGUGCCACGCCGCAGGACGCUUCCCCAGCGGGAAGAAGAGGAGGACUUCCAGCCAUCCGUGAGGACUGCGGCAGCAUCCGCCAGGCAGAGCAGCAGCGGGGGGAGGGCUGGCGCAGUCAGACGCGCCACUCGAAAUGUCAGCUACGCAGCUCUUGCGGGGAUGGAUCAGGGACAGGAUGACUCCGCGGUUCCUUACAGGCCAGUUAAGCGACUGGCGAGGGGAGAGCUUCCCGCAACGAGUUUGGACGCUUCGCAUGCCGCCGCCGAUCAGUGGGAAAACGCGCACACGAGGGACGCGGGCGCGGCGGAUCUUGCCUCGGGAGAAAGCGUCUUGAGAGGCACUUUGCAUCAGUGGGCGGCUCUGCAGCGCCAGGCUGCAGCUGCAGAGGAGCGACUCCUCAGCAUCCAGGGGAGCAGGCCAGACCGCGCAGUUGACACGAGCAUCAGCACCGAUCAGCUUCAUGAGGCUCUAAAAGGUUUCGUGCAAUCCAUAAAGGCAGGCUCUUCUUCUGCCCCCGUCGUCAGCGUCCCACCCAUGGCCCGCGACAGGAGCUUCGCAGCUUCCCACUAG